AUGAAGAUCAAGCAUCAGUUCACCUCGGUAGAACACCCACAAGCGAAUGGACAAGCCGAGGUAGCCAAUAAAGUUAUACUGGCAGGGUUGAAGAAAAGGUUGCAAGAUGCAAAGGGAGCAUGGGCUGAAGAGCUUCCUCAAGUACUAUGGGCUUAUCGGACCACACCUCAGUUCGCCACAGGAGAAACACCUUUCCGACUUGCUUAUGGCGUAGAAGCUAUAAUACCAGUUGAAAUCAAUGAGCAAAGUCUGAGGGUAAGCUUCUACGACGAGGUUGGCAAUGUACAGGGGCACAAAGAAGAACUUGAACUACUCCCUGAAGUUCGAGAACAAGCCCAGAUAAGAGAAUUAUUAUCGUUUAUCUACGAAACGUACCGACUUAAGCUCGACAAAACGUAA